UCCGACACGUCUCCUCCACUCUCUCUCCCUCUUCCUCUCCCUCUCUCUCUCUCUCUACAAGAAGAUCUCUCUCUCUUCUCAGCGACACAGCAAGAAGAGUGGAACGGAACCCCAGAGCUGAAGGCUGAAGCUAUGGCGUCGUCCCUCAGCACCACCUCCCUCUCCACGCACUCGCCGGCCCCGCCGGCGCUCGCCCUCCGCGGCCGCCACGUGGCCACCUCCGCCUUCGGCGGGGCCCCGCGGUUCCCGGCGCUGCGGGCCGCCGUGCCGGUGCCGCGGCGGCUGACCGCGCGGGCGGUGGCCGGGGACGCCGAGGACGAGUGGGGGAAGGACCCGGCGGACCAGGGCGGCGCCGCGGCGGCGGCGGCGGUGGCCGAGGCGCCGCCGGUGGCGGGCGAGGUCGCGGAGCUCAAGGCGAAGCUGAAGGACGCGCUGUACGGGACGGAGCGCGGCCUGCGCGCGUCCAGCGAGACGCGGGCGGAGGUGGUCGAGCUCAUCACGCAGCUCGAGGCGCGCAACCCCACGCCGGCGCCCACCGAGGCGCUCACCCUCCUCAACGGCAAGUGGAUCCUCGCGUACACCUCAUUUUCACAGCUGUUCCCACUGUUAGGAGCUGCAAGUUUGCCUCAGCUUGUUAAGGUGGAGGAAAUAUCACAAACUAUUGAUUCCGAGAACUUCACAGUGCAGAACUGCAUCAAGUUUUCCGGACCUUUAGCAACGACUUCAGUGUCUACCAAUGCCAAAUUUGAAGUUAGAAGCCCCAAACGUGUACAGAUCAAAUUUGAUGAAGGCAUUAUCGGCACACCACAAUUGACUGAUUCUAUUGUACUACCAGAGAAGUUUGAGUUCUUUGGGCAGAACAUUGACCUGACCCCGUUGAAGGGCAUAUUUUCUUCAAUUGAAAAUGCGGCAUCCUCAGUUGCAAGAACCAUCUCUGGUCAACCUCCACUGAAGAUACCAAUUAGGACCGACAAUGCCGAGGCUUGGUUGCUCACAACCUAUCUUGAUGAUGAGCUUAGAAUCUCCAGAGGUGAUGGUAGCAGCAUCUUCGUGUUGUUUAAGGAAGGAAGCACCCUCCUAUAUUAAGCUUGGCAUGCCUAAUCUAUGGGUAGAAUUUUAUGUUGAAGCACUCCAUGCAAAUAGUUGUGGAUAAUUUCUUUUUCUUAUUUAUGUUUGCAUGUUCUUAUUUGUGUUCGUAUAAUUUGUGCAUUUGGAUGAUGUGAAGUUUUGUGUGUGUGUAAUGUAUUCUCUGAUGUCCCUUAGGCUUAUAUAUACAAGUUAUUGCAAAAACUACACUGAAAUAUAAAGAUGUAAAAGGAAUA